CUCUUCUCUGGGUUACACCCCGGAGCAGCUCCUCCCAAGCUCCAGGAACCCAAUGCUUGCUUUCACAGUAAUAGCCUUAAGUAGCCCUGGCCAGGAUGCUAGGGGUUAAAAGAAUCUGCGGACAGCAUCGAAGUCAGGAAUGCUCCCUGGUCCACUUUUGCUUUGAGUUUUAGGUAGCCGUUCUCCUCUCUGGUGUGGUUGGAAGAAGAGCCUCCCGCCCCAGCUGUCCCUUCCGAGCGGGCCUCGGUGUCUGGGCUAUCUAGACGGAGCUGCCAUUUCCACCUGGAGGUCUGGGUCUAUUGCUCACAGGGCCUCUGCACAGGCUGGGACUGCCAGCUAGGCCAGGAGACCUGGCAGCUGCGGACUCCCCAGCUCGGAGCAGCCCCUCUUUGACCUCGCAUGGUGGAGAAGCAGCCCCAUGAAGGUGCCUAGCCAUGCAAUGUUCCUGGAAGGCCGUCCUCCUCCUUGCCCUGGCCUCCAUCGCCAUACAGUACACCGCCAUUCGCACCUUCACCGCCAAGUCCUUCCACACCUGCCCGGGGCUGGCGGAGGCGGGGCUGGCCGAGCGGCUUUGCGAGGAGGGCCCCACCUUCGCCUACAACCUCUCGCGCAAGACCCACAUCCUCAUCCUGGCCACCACGCGCAGCGGCUCCUCCUUCGUGGGCCAGCUCUUCAACCAGCACCUGGACGUCUUCUACCUGUUCGAGCCCCUCUAUCACGUCCAGAACACGCUCAUCCCCCGCUUUACCCAGGGCAAGAGCCCCGCGGACCGGCGGGUCAUGCUGGGCGCCAGCCGCGACCUCCUGAGGAGCCUCUAUGACUGUGACCUCUACUUCUUGGAGAACUACAUCAAGCCGCCGCCCGUCAACCACACCACCGACAGGAUCUUCCGCCGCGGGGCCAGCAGGGUGCUGUGCUCCCGCCCCGUGUGCGACCCCCCGGGCUCCCCCGAACUGGUGCUGGAGGAGGGGGACUGCGUGCGCAAGUGUGGCCUGUUGAACUUGACGGUGGCUGCUGAGGCCUGUCGCGAGCGCAGCCACGUGGCCAUCAAGACGGUGCGGGUGCCCGAGGUUAACGACCUGCGGGCCCUGGUUGAAGACCCCCGGUUAAACCUCAAGGUCAUCCAGCUGGUCCGAGACCCGCGCGGCAUCCUGGCCUCCCGCAGCGAGACGUUCCGCGACACCUACCGCCUGUGGCGCCUCUGGUAUGGCACCGGGAGGAAGCCCUACAACCUGGAUGUGACGCAGCUGACCACGGUGUGCGAGGACUUCUCCAACUCCGUGUCCACCGGCCUCAUGCGGCCCCCGUGGCUCAAGGGCAAGUACAUGUUGGUGCGCUAUGAGGACCUGGCCAGGAACCCCAUGAAGAAGACCGAGGAGAUCUACGGUUUCCUGGGGAUCCCCCUGGACAGCCAUGUGGCCCACUGGAUCCAGAACAACACGCGGGGUGACCCCACCUUGGGCAAGCACAAAUACGGCACCGUGCGAAACUCGGCGGCCACGGCCGAGAAGUGGCGCUUCCGCCUCUCCUACGACAUUGUGGCCUUCGCCCAGAACACUUGCCAGCGGGUGCUGGCGCAGCUGGGCUACAAGAUGGCCACGUCGGAGGAGGAGCUCAAGAACCCCUCCAUCAGUCUGGUGGAGGAGCGGGACUUCCGCCCUUUCUCGUGACGAGGGCUCCGUGGGCGGGGGUGAGGGGCACAUGGUGUCAGUUUUGAUAAAAUGGACCGUUUUUAACUGUUGCCUUAUUUCCCCCUCCCUCUCCCGCCCGGUCUUUGUGUCCUUCCUGCCCCCCGA